AUGGACCUCGUCGCGCUCAUCGUCGAGGACGCCGGCGACCAGGCGGGGAAAGGGAAGGCGCGCGCGGGUCCUGUCCACACGAUUGUCGAGCUAUGGCGUAUGUCUGGCAGCAAGGUGUGGGAGGUCAACAUCACGGGACGCGUGUUGGGCUUAGCCUGGAGCCGAGACGGUGAGCUGUCCAGCCUCGAGCCAUGGCCCGAUCACGAGCUCAGCGGAAUGAACAAAAGCACAGUCCAGCACCUUUCUGUCCACACUGGCAAGGUGACGAAAGCUGUGCUUGUCCCGCCGAAGGUCAUCAAGCAAGUGUCGCGGGCUGACUGGGCUUCCGCCGCCGAUCGAUCAGCUCGGCCAGAGUGGUGGCCACUGGAGUGGGUGGACGGAGGAACGGACUGGGAAAAGCCUUUGGUGAGCUGUUUCAUUGUCGCGACCUGCCAUGUGCGUCGUCUGCUGCGAGCAGAAGCUGAUGAUAGUAUCAACCCCUUCGCUCCCCCGCCGCCGACAGCAAAGGACCUUGGACCGCACAAGAAGGUCGAGACGUUCCCGUCACUUCUGCCAUCGAAUCCACGUGCUCCGCCAGACGUCCUGACGCUCUUGCCGCCCGCACGAGAAACAGGCAGAGAAGGAAGCAGAUUGCUGACGGGUACUUUCCGCCUGCCGGAGGGCACACCUUCUCCAACACCCCCUUCUGUGCUUGGCCUGUCAGAGAGGUCAGAUCGGCUUGCAAGCCUCAUCAACAUCCUCUUCCGCGGCAUCGAGUCAAUCGAGGCGGCGCUCCGUGAUGGCGACAAGCAGACCAUGAUCUGGCGCGAGGAGCUCGAGACGUGUGGCCAGCAACAGGGAAGGUCAGUUGAUGGGUUCGUCAUGGAAUUAACGCCAGACCGUUUCGAAAUGGGAGACAACAUCGUCCCGGCCCUCGAGCGGAUUAUUCUCAUCCUCGACGAGCUGCUGAGCUGGGCUGGGGAGGAAGCGGAAAGUGACCUGAGCAUCGAUAGCGAGGCGACACAGCGAGCCAUCGACAUCGCGAAGGCGUUUGCGCUCCUGUCCGAGCAUCUACGACAGGAGGCGGAGCUGGAGGAAGCCGCUAGCGCAGAGUGGUGCAAGUGGCUCCGCUUCGAAAUGACGCGCAUCACUGCUAGCGCCGACGACGCUCUGCCCAUUCCGACACACGAUGUCAAGCUCGUCUGGUCGUUUAUGAAGAACGGCUUUUUGCACCCUCGAUUCGCAGUUAACUUUCCGCGUGACCCGGACGCAGCGGAGGAUGUGCUUCCGUCGAGCAUCCCACCGAAGGCGCCGGCGAUGUCGUCCGCGUUGGACGCUGUGCUGCGGCAGACGUUGAGCAGGCUCGGCGCGACACCGGCACCCGAAGGUCUGUCUUCGCCGCCGCCGUUCGGUGACCAGUCGCUGGACUCGGCCGCCGCAUCGCCGCUCCCCGUGUCCCCAGGUCUCGUGCCUUCCUCGCCGGACACCGCUGGCGGUGACGCCGAGCUGACGGAGGACAAACCAAUUGAGCGGUAUCCCGAGGUUGAGCCGCUGACGUGGGCAAACACUCUGCUCGUGUUAUGCAGUGACAUUGUGACUGCUGUCAAGCCCCGUCAUCCGCAAGAAGACGCAGCAAACGAUGAGCUGCUCCGCGCGCUUCCCCAGGAGACGCUGCUUUCCGAGCGCACAAUCGACGGUGUGCGGUGGCUCGUGUUCAUGCAGUCAGGCUCGACAGCCUCCGACGCAGAAGGCGCGCUCCGCGGUGUGCGCCUUUGCGUUCCUGAGGGCGACAUCGUGCAGGCGGGAUUCUUCGACGAUGAGGAGCUCGCGGUGGUCUUCCAGCUUCGCGGCGAACGCUAUCUAGCGACGACCACGGUCGAGGCGCUGAGCGAGCAGCUGGUCGAUCUGCCAACGGUCAAGGAGAAUUUGGGCUCUUUGGACCUCAACCCGCAGGAGCUUGCGGUUGCGCGCUGCCGUGUUAUCGGCCCUGCCCGGUCAUCGACCGACUCGUGGCUGCUUGCGCUGAACGGACGCAAGGGACGAAGAACCUGCUGCGUUCUGACCAAGGGCGGGACGGAGGUCGAGGUGCUCGAUAUGGACAUGAACGAGGAUGACGAGGAAGAGGAGGCAGAAGAAGUCGAAGCGGACGUCGACAUGGAGUAA